UACACUUCAUACGUACAAUUUUAGUUGUUAAAAGAUCAACAAAUUUUAUUGUGUGUCUUUGGUUGAUUUAAUAUAUUUUAUAUAAUUUUCCAAUAUGCGGAAAUUUAUUCUUAUUAGAAAUUAUAGAGAAGAAGAUGAAUCGGUUUGCAAAGAAUUACUUAAAUCUAGUGUAAUGUAUUCGCUAAAUCAUACAUAUAUUGGAUUUUUAUUAGGACAAAAUAUUAUGCGUAUAGUAAUUUUUGCAGCUAUAGUGUUAAUGGUAAUACUCAUAUAUCUAGAAAUACCUGUUGGUUAUUCUGUUAUGGUUAUAUUUUUGCCAGCAACUGUAUUAUACCUUUCAUUAUAUGGAAUGUUUUUGUAUGAAGCCAGAAUUGCUGGAAAUGAAGCAUCUGAGAUUUCACGGAUUUACACGCCAGAUAAUGCUUCCUGUUUUUGGGUAGCGGAAGUACAUGAAGUUCAUACAUUAAAUCGUCAUGAACGAACUCAGCGAUAUAGAUUCAUGACAGAGGAGAAAUUGAUUGAAUCUAAUAUUGAUGUAUCUGCAUAUAAUAAGAAAAUUGUGGGUAUUAUGUCAUUCUGUAGAAGUAAUUGGACACCAACAUUUGGUUGGAUAAAAAGAUUAUAUGUUCAAAGAAAUUAUAGAAGGAAAGGUAUUGGAAAAAAACUUGUGAAUCGAGCUUUGUAUUUUGCCGAAGAAUACAGAUUUGAACGUGUUAAAAUACUUGUUACUCAAUAUCAAAAAGUUGUUAUGGAAUUUUUUAAUACGAGAGAUUUCUCUGUAAAAGUUAUACGCGAUCACACAUUUUUAUUUAAACUUACGAUGUAUGAAUAUGUUUUUCGAACAACGCACUAUCAGUCAUUUGCUUAAAAAUUCGCGUAAUGGACAUUCUAUUCCAAAAAAUUAAAUUAUUUAUUA